AUGCUCAACAUGAAAAUUCUUAUGGUUCUGACCUCCCACGACACCCUUGGCAACACUGGUCGCAAGACCGGCUUCUGGCUGGAAGAACUGGCCGCCCCUUACUACGCCUUUCUCGCGGCCAACGCCGAAAUCGUCCUGGCUUCGCCCAAAGGCGCAACCGCCCAGCUCGCCAACACCGUGCGACUGGACAGCGUCUCCCAGGAUGAUUUCGACGCGGUGUUUUACCCAGGCGGCCACGGCCCGCUGUGGGACCUGGCUGAAGAUCCAAAGUCGAUCCAUCUGAUCGAGGCCUUCCUGGCCGCCGGCAAACCAGCUGCCCUGGUGUGCCACGCUCCCGGCGUGCUGCGCCAUGUGAAAAAGCCUGACGGCACACCGCUGGUCGCCGGCAAGAAAGUCGCCGGUUUCACCAAUAGCGAAGAAGAGGCGGUCGGCCUGACCAACGUCGUGCCCUUCCUGGUUGAAGACAUGCUGAUCGCCAACGGCGGCCUGUACUCCAAAGGUGCUGACUGGUCCUCCUACGUGGUCAGCGACGGCUUGCUGAUCACCGGCCAGAACCCGGGUUCGUCUACCGAAGCCGCCCAGGUCCUGAUCGCCCAGUUGAACUCACUCAACGCC